CUUUAAUAUCCUCAACUUGUUGUAGGACUACCUGGCUUGCCCGGAGAUCGUGGACCGAAUGGUUUGCCGGGACUGCCCGGUCUGGAUGGGUAUGUAGGUGAAACUGGACUAGAUGGGUUACCAGGUCUGACGGGUAUCCGUGGAGAGGACGGGUAUAGCUAUGGUGGUGCCAAGGGAAUGAGAGGGUUGGAUGGACUGUCAGGAUUGCCAGGUCAAAAUGGUGAAAAGGGUUUCCCAGGAAGGCCAGGAUUGUUUGGUUUAGAUGGUAUGAAGGGAGAACCAGGCUAUAACGGCGAGCAAGGCGGUCUCGGUAGAGACGGACCACGAGGCUUUAAGGGCUUCCCGGGUGAUCGUGGUUUGUCAGGGUUCCCCGGAGUUGAGGGAGAACGUGGUGAAGAUGGGUUACCAGGGUUACCUGGUCUGCAAGGUAUGAGGGGAAACGAUGGCUUGGAUGGAUUCUACGGUUUAAGAGGAGACAAUGGCUCUAGAGGUAUGAAGGGAGCACCUGGGGAUCCAUUCCUUGGAGAAAUUACGCAGAUUCACUUCGGACAGAAGGGUGAUCGUGGUAGGCAGGGAUUUCGUGGAUUAGACGGCAUCAAGGGACAACCUGGUUUACGAGGUUUAGAUGGUUUACCAGGCGAGAAGGGUGUCCGUGGUUUCCAAGGGGAGGAUGGACCUAAAGGGGUAAAGGGAGAACAAGGUGACGACGGUUUCCCUGGGUUACAGGGACGUAAUGGUAAUACCGGCCCACCGGGUGAUGCAGGUCUGCCAGGUUCGGAUGGUGCCGCCACUGGCGGUCCAGGCCUUUUCUUUGCAAGACAUAGUCAGAAUCGUUUCCAGCCGAGAUGUCCACAGGGGACAGUCCUGAUGUGGGAGGGCUAUUCGUUUGCCUACGUUCAGGGUAACGGAAAGACUCAUGGUCAGGAAUUAGGUCAGCCCGGAAGUUGUCUGCGUCGGUUUAGCACUAUGCCAUUCAUGUUCUGUAACAUCAACAAUGUUUGUAAUGUGGCAUGGCGUGGGGACUACAGCUACUGGUUGUCCACGCCCGAGCCAAUGACGGCCAUGAUGGACCCUGUAGAGGGCAAUCAGAUUGAGCCGUAUAUCAGCAGAUGUGUGGUCUGUGAAGCUCCGUCCGAGAUAAUAGCUGUACACAGUCAGACAAUGAGAAUUCCAGACUGUCCUAUUGGCUGGACUGGUCUCUGGAUUGGAUACAGUUUCCUCAUGGGAACCGGUGCUGGUGGGGAUGGAGCUGGUACUGAUCUUGCAUCGGUUGGUUCCUGUCUCGAAGAUUUCCGUGCCACUCCUCUGAUAGAAUGUCACGGACGUGGAUCGUGCAACUAUUACUCCACGUCAACGAGUUACUGGCUAGCGACUAUAGAUAGUAACGCUCAAUUUAGAACUCCUUUAGCAGAAACUCUUAAAGCGGGAAAUCUUAGAAUGAGAAUAAGUCGUUGUCAAGUGUGUAUGAGAUUUUCUAGGUAAAGCGUCUCUACAACCAUGAUCAUAUUACCAUAAAGGCUUGAAAAUUUGUAAAGCUUCUGAGAGAAAGAGAAUUUGAUAAAUUUUAUACUCUUUCAUAGACAUUUUCAUUAGUUAAUUUGAGAAUUCAGUCAUGUAUGUUUAAUUUACAUCUUCCAUUGUGAUUCAAGUAUUUAUCUCUUUAUUUUAGGGAUAUACUGUAUUUUGUUUUUUGUUCUGUAUGUGUUUCAUUGUAUUAUAGACUUUAUUUGAAAAUACAUGUGUAUAGUUAGCAAUUUUUAUAUACUGAUUUCAUAUGGUGCUAUUACCAAAAUGAUGCUUUAUGCAUUAUGCUUGAAAGUUGAACCAUGGUUGAGUGUCUUCUAGUCAAUACUGCCCGAUAUGUACAAAACCCAUGUACAAAACUGGCAUAGAGUCGAGCUUUUCUUUGCGUGACUUUUCUAUACAGACUAUUAAAAUUAAUCAUACAAUUCUAUACAACAUUAUUCAUGGAAGAAGGUACCGUAUUCCUCCCAAAGACAACCAUCUGACCAAAGUAGUAUUAAUUUGGUACAUACCAGUUAAGAGCUGGUCAAAAUAUUAGGAACAUUGUUAUUAUUCAAUCAUUUCCAAUCAAGACAGACUUAUUUACUACAUGAAUCAAGCGCAGACACAGACUUCCUCUUUGGGAGGAAUACAAUGUUGAGGCAAAAAUCAAAACAAGAUGAAGUAUGGCUACAUUUCUAAGAAAUAUUUACUAUAAAGUUGGAUUAAUCUAUUAUGUAAUAGUGCCUUUAUUUUCUAUGCAAACACAUGUGCCUUAUAUGUACAUAAUUUUGCUACACAUGGUUAUAUGAAUCCUUUAGAAGACUGAGAGUGUGUGUAAAUGAGUGUUUAUGUAAAAAGCUUAGAUGUUCUGUUAAACGCCUUUUGAUUAACGUUUGCAAUUCUUAAAAACUUGAUAGUCCUAAAAUUUAGGGUUCAAUUUUUGUCCUAGUUUAAAUUUGAAAACAUCAACAAUUAAUAAAUUAUUCUUCAAGUAUGGAAAGAACUCUUUAGAUAUAUAUAUAAAAACAAAAUCUAUACAUUUUCUCAUCUGCAUUGUAUUAAUAUGAAUACAUUUCUGUGGGUAAAUUUGUUUUUGUUUUUGUAUAGAAACAAUUUCAUUAAUUUAGUUUUAAGAGUCCUAAAAAUAUCACUUUAAUAUUCAAGGUGGUUGUAGUAUUAUGCUAGACAUAUGUGUAAUCAAAUGUGUACAGAGUUGAUUAUAUGAUGGCAGCCGUUGCCAUAACAACACCAUUUGUCUUCCAUUCUUUUUGGCAAAUUAUUUGCAGUCAUCAGUUACUUCCCUUGAUUAGUUAAUUUUAACAGGUAAACAGGUACUAGAAAAAACAACUUGAUCAAUACUACCCUUGAGCAAUAGAUAUUUCUGGCAUUUCAAACUGAAAAAUAAAAAAGAUAAUCUAUUUGUACCAUUCAAAUGACGGAUAAAAGAUGGUCAUAUAUUGAUCUAGAGAAGAAAUUAUUAAAGGGAGGUAAUAAAUUAACUGUUGUAUUUGAAUAUUUUGCUUCAUUUUAAAGUAGAAUAAAUGUCAGCUGAGAAUAAAUAAAAUGUUUUGUAAAGACA